AUGAUAAAAUGUAUACAACUCUAUGUUAUUACUGUAUGCAUACUACUUAUAAAUAUUGCGUGUAAGAAAUACAGAGAUAAUUCUUAUGCUGGGUAUAUAAGGAAUAAUAUACACAAUGCUCAUAGGACAAGAAAAAAGAUAUAUAGAAGAUAUGCUCAAAAAAAAAAAGAGAAAGAAACUUAUGAAGAAUAUUUUAAAGAACUAGAUAAAAUUUUUAAUGAAUGUGACUAUGACGCAGAACAAGUUGAGGAGGAAGAAAAGAAAAAAGAAGAAGAAUUAAAUUUAAUAACAGAAAAGGAUUUAUUAGAAAUUAAUUUUUGUAAUUAUGAAAAGGAUCCACGUAGUUUAGCUAACUUGGUUAAAGAAAAAAGUGAAGAAGAAAUUGAAAAGGAAAAUAACGAAAACAAUGAAAAAAAUAUUGAACAUAUUGAAAAUAUUGAAAAUAUUGAAAAUAUUGAAAACAAUGAAAAUAUUAAAAAUAAUACAUUAGAAUAUAGUUAUGAUUAUGAUCGUAUAUUAAAAAAAAAAAAAUUUCUUAAAGAAAAAAUAGAAUAUAAAGAUAAAUUUAUAUUAAAUGAAAAUCAUAAUAAGUUAGUCAAUAAUAUAGAUACCAGUUUUAUGAACGAUUUUUUAAAUAAUUAUAAUAAUGAUUUUAAUAAACCAUUUUAUAAAGCUAGACGAGAUCAAUAUUUUGCUCGAGAAGAUUUAGUCAAACAUGAAAUAAAUAAUAACAAUCAAUCCGAAUAUAAAGAAGAACGUAAUAAUAGUGAAAAUAAUAAUAAUAAUAAUAAUCAUAUAUUAUAUGAUGAGGAGAGAAAAAGUGAUUUACAUUAUCAUAAGGUUUCAAAGGAUGAUCAAAAUAAUGAAGACAUGUUAAAAGAAAAUCUCGAAAGUGUUCUUUUUCUAAAAAGAAUAAGAAACAAUUUUGAUAUAAAAAGGAAUAUUUAUAUUAACGAGACGAUAAACGACAUAAAAGAAAAAUAUAAUAACAAUGAAGAUAAAACGAACAGAUGGCAUAAUAUAAAAAAUGAGGAUAGUCAUAAAGAAAGAGAUGAAGAGAAUAGAUUUCAUGAAUAUGUUGAAGAGAAAAUAAAAAAUGCAAAUACUGAUGAAAAUGUUGAGAAAUUAAUUUUAAAGAAAUACAUAAAAAUGUUUUCAAUAGAUGAUGAAGUUCUAAAUAUUAAUGAGAAAAUAAAAAAAUGUGAAAAUGUACAUUCUAUUUUAGAAAUAUUUAAAGACAAUAAACGUAUCAAUAUAAUCAAUAUAAUGUAUUCAUUUAUAUAUAUAGAUAGAUUUAAAUGUUUAAAUAUAACCGAAUAUUUAUAUGAGAAGAGAUUUGCUUAUAUAACAUAUGCAUUAGAAGAGAUCAUGAAAUAUUAUCUAUACGUAUUAAACAAGAAAGGUUUAAAGGGAUUAUAUCAGAAAAAAAAAAUAAACAAUUUAAAUAAUAUAAAUAAAGAAGACACAGAAAAAAUCAAAAUAAAUAAGGAUUAUAAAAACAAUAAUGAUAAUUCUGAUAAGGAUAACAAUUCUUAUGAUCCUCUUUUUGAACAUAGGACGUUACAACUGAAUGAUAAAAAUUUAAUCUUUCUAAUUAAAUAUAUGAAUAAACUAAAAUUAUUUUACAUAAACCUAAAUUUGUACAAUAUGUUUUUCCUAAUAUUAUCCAAAUCGUUUGCCUUAUGUAGUGCAAAUUCAUUUGUUAUCUUAUUAUCUUAUAUAAAUGAAUAUAAUUAUUACAAUAAUAAUAUACAUAAGAAGAUUAAUAUUUCUAUAUUGAAUGAACUGUUUCAUAUUUUUAAAAGAGAUGGAAUGAAAUCUAGUGGUUUGAAUCUUGCUCAUUUUAAAAUAUUACUUCCUUUAUUAAUAAAGUAUAAAUAUGUUAAUAAUAAUGUUUUUAAACUUUUAUAUUUACAUUUUGAAAAGGAUAUAAAGGACAUGAUCCAUAUAUUAACAAGCAACGUUAAAAAAAAGGAACGUAAAGAAAUUUGUAAUGUUUUGUUUUAUGAUGUUAAAACAAAGGAACAAGAAAAAAAUAAAGAAAAAUAUCUUUCAUAUUUAAAAUAUGAAGAAAUGAAAGAAAAAAAAGAGAACAUGGAAAUAUUAUCACAACUUUUAAAUUAUUUAAUGAUGUGUAAAUUUAAUGAAAAGGAUUCAAUGGUUUUAAAAUUAAUUAAUAUAUUUAUAGAUUACAUGCAUUUAUUAAAUGUAGAUCAGUUGUUAAAUAUAUUUUUUAAUUAUCAUAUUUUUCAAAAUAAUAAUGAAAUUAUAUUAUAUAGAUGUAAGCAAGAAUUAUUAAAUAGGAAAAGCUUACUAAAGGAUUAUCAUAUAAAUAAAAUAUUAUCAUAUAUAAUAUAUAAUUAUAGAAAGGCUGAAAUAUAUCGUAAUUAUUAUCGUAAUUGGUUCUCAUAUAAGAAUUAUACUAUAUUUAGGGAUGAUGUAAUUUGUGAUGAAAUUCAGAGGAAUCAGGACUUGACACAACAUGAACAAGAAAUGUAUAAUAUAAAGAAUGUAUCGGAAGAUGAUAAAAAAAAAAUUACAACUAUCGAUAAGAUUCCACGUGAUAAUGAAACGGAAAUUUUUAAUAAUAAUAAAAAAAAAAAUUGUAAUAGUCCUUGCUAUUCUUUUUAUGAUAACUAUAGUGAAGGAAGAGAUAUGAAAAAGCUUCCUAGUCAUAUAUCUCUUAAAAAAGUAUUACAUAAAAAAAAGGAGAUAAAAGAACUUAAAAAAGAUUAUUAUAUAAAUACGAAAAUUUUUAAAGAUGUAGAAUUUUUAUAUGAUUUAACACAUGAUAUACAUAUAUAUGUACCAUUUAAAAAUGUUCAUUUGUUAAAAUUUGUUUAUAAUAUAUAUUUGUUAAGUUUAUUAUUUUAUAAAAAUAUGGAUGUAAUACGAAUAGCAUCGGAGAUAGCAUAUGAUUUAACAGAUACUAACAUAUUUUCGUUUAUUGAUCAAUAUUCUUAUUAUUUAUAUGAUGAUAUAUAUAUUAUCAUAAAAACAUUUAAAUAUAUAUCUUUUUUUUCUAUAGACUUAAUAGAUAUAUGGAAGAAAUUUUUUUUCUUAUUAAAUCAUUUUGUUAAUAAUUUAAAUUUAGAAAAUAUUUAUGACAUUUUCUUUUUUGUUCAUAUUUCUAAAAUAACCAAUUUGAAAAAUGAAAAUUAUGAUGUCUUAAAUUUAUUAACGUCACGUAUGAAAACAAUUGUACAACUUUUAUUUACACAUAAUGUGCAAAAUUUUAAUACCUAUCCCCACACCUACAUUUUAAAUAUACUUAACAUGAUUAAUGAUCAAAAUAAUGAACAUGUCAUUGAUUUUGUACACUUUUUUUUUUAUUCCAUAUAUAAAAGGAUACAAUAUUUGUACUCAAAUGGUGAUAAUAUAUUAGGACGUUCAUCAUACGAUGAAUCUAAAAUGAAGAUGGAAAAUACAAAGAUGGAAGAUAAUAUAGAAAGUGAUAACAACAAUACUUUUGGAGAUAAUAAAAUUGUUGGGGAUGAUCAAUUUUUUCAGGAUAAUAAACCCCUUGAGGAUAAUAAAUCUUUUGGAGAUAAUAUAAAACCAUUUAGUAAUAACGUAAAAGCCGAUAAAUAUUUUUCCUAUAUGUCUGAUACAAAAAAUAAGAAAUCCAAUGAAAUAUACAAAAAUGUGAAUAAUUAUAUUUAUAACUUCAAAGAUAUACGUUUAUUCAUAAAAAUAUUCUUAAGAUAUUAUAAAAAAGAACAAGAAACCUUUAAUUUAAAAAUUGUUGAUUUUAUAUUAUAUAAUUCAGAAGUUUUUUUUUUUAAUAUGUGGACAAAUAGAAGAUAUUAUCAAAGGCAUUAUUUUUUUGGAAAAGAAAUACACGAAUUUUUACAUUUACUAAAAGAACUUAUACAAAAUAAAUUAUAUAAUUCUAAUAUUAUGUAUAGAUGUGUAAACAUAUUAAAAUAUAUAAUAAAAAUGCAGAGUACUUUUAAUAUAGAAGAUAUUCCUAAUGUACACUGUAAUUUAUAUAGCAACUUCUUUUUACAUUUUGAUAAGAUAAAUGAUAUUAAUGUGUGGAAAUAUAUAAGAAAGGUAUUUUAA